UUGAUUAGCCUGUGUUGUAGCGUGUACGUUUUUAGUUGUGAAAUCAUUUUCAAAAAGCGUGUGACUUAAAAAGCCAGAAGUUAUUAUUCAUUUGAACCAAUCGUGAUGGGGGCCUAUUGUACUGCCGAUCUCUUACCGAUUUGCUUUUCUGCUUUGCUAUCAAUAACUGUAUGUGCUUCGUUCGUGGUUGCAGUUGCGCUACACGACAUAGUACCAGUUUUCCCGGCCAUUAGUGACACGGCUGCAAAACCUCCCGAGAGCAAUAUAUUCUCACAAUUGGUAAAUAUCUCGACAUUCCUUGGAAUAGCUGUUGUCGGCGUUCGUUACAUGCAGGUUAAACGCGACGUUGCUCAAUUGAUCGGAAAUCGCGUGACAUUGAAAUUGAACCAUUAUAGUGCCUUCUUCGGUGUGUUUUCUAUCUUUGGUGCCAGUAUAGUUGGUAAUUUUUCGGAAAGUCAAGUAUUGGAUGCACAUGAUGCUGGAGCCGUUAUUUUUUUUGUUGUCGGCAAUUUGUAUGCAUGGUGUCAAGUAAUCAUAUCUUAUCAUAUGAGAAAAUUUCAUUUGGUAUCAACCACUCUUUGCGUGGUCAGGACUGUAGUAUCGGUGAUUUCAACUGCAAGUCUUUUUAUCUUUCUUAUUUUGAAGUUCUAUUCGCAAAAAUUGUGGCAUGGUGAUAUAUUUUAUUGGAACUCAAAUGACCCUGGCUACAAGCUUCAUGUCAUUGGAAAUGCAUUUGAAUGGAUUCUUGUUCUUCAUUUUUUGAUAUUAAUUUUGACUUUUGCAAAAGAGUUGCAUAGGAGAAGAUUGGAAAUCAAUCUUGUUCGCUUUCCAUAUGAUUAUGAACCAAUUCCAGUGUCUUAGUGUGAAAAAUACAGUGAACAAUGUAUAAUUUAAAGAAGAGCAAUUUUACAUUAACAAGAGGGCAUUUUUAUUUUAUAACUUUGAAAUGACAAACUGUUGAACAUGGUAUAAUCCUUGGAAAAGGAAUUUUUAGCAAUUAAAAUAUGAUAAUUUUUGACGUGUAUAGUACAUGGGAUCUUUUUAAGACCUCAACCAGACAUUUUGAAUAAAAAAGUAAUAUAUAAAAUAGAACAAGAA